AUGUCGAGCGUCCCACGAUCAUCGGAAGCGCCUCAAACGCAACGACUCCCCUUUCGCUUGCUCGACCUCCCUAGAGACAUCCGCCUCAAUAUUUAUGACGAGCUCUUCCAGGCAACGGCACGCUAUCUCCUGCAAAGUAACACGAGGAAAUCUCGCGCGAAGAACUCAUCAUUCGACUCAAUAUGGUGUCUGGACUACGACUUCGAGACGCAUGGCGGCCUUCUCUGUGCGUCUAAGUUUUUCAGUCAAGAGGUAGACGCGCAUCUGCGAGUUUGGCGCAGGACCCUUGCUUUCGUUCUCUACGUUGGCACAGAUAUACAGAGCUGGGAUACAUAUACAAGACUCAAGGAUGUGCUCAUGGUGCUCGGCGACGUUGAUCAAGAGCUUCGCGGCGAGAGAGUGACCGCAGCCUUGCGAGCUGGAGCCCGCCACGAAGAUCUCAUAGCGACAGUGAACAGGAGAGUCACCGUGCGGAUGGCAGACAGAAUUCUCCCCAAUCUUUCGUUGAAAGUACGCCGCAAGUAUGUGAAGGAGCUCCUUGAUGUGUACCUAAGCCGCGCUCCUGUACAGCAUCGCACCGGAAUCUCUCAUCUCCUAGCUUCUACGCUUCGCCUUCCUAAGCUGUUGAGCACAUCUUUCAGCGGUUUGAGUGCUCUCAGGAGUGCAAGCAACUGCCUCGCACCCUCGGUCAUUGAAGGCUGCAUCGUUGGUCCUCCUUGCGUCGACCUUCAGUUCCUCUUCGCAAUCGGAAAGGUCGACCAUGCAGUGAAGCAUCUCUUUGAAAUUGGGGUUUCCGGUCCACCAGGUUACCCUCCCCGAACACUGCUGGCAGCUGUCGAAAAGCUUGUGGAAGAUGGCAUGAACAUCAGAUUGGCUUGUGUGGGAAGAAACGCGAACCACGUCGAUGAAAUUCUCGGCCACGAACCGCUCCAAGGCUAUAAAUUGCUGUGUAUUCAGGUCUUCCCGACACCCAAUGGUCGUGGUGUAAAUGUCCAAGUGGUGACAGCUUCAUCGAUGACUGUAGCUAUGAUAGAAUCCUGGCACAACAAUGAAUGA